GACGAUGUUGCCCAUUGCACAGUGACACUCUGAUGAGGAAGAGUUGAUGAUGAGAGUAAACAGCUAACCCCCAUUAAGCGCUUCUUAUCCGCCAGGAAUCAUGCCCAGGACAUUAUGUUCUCCACGUCUAACUUCACAGCAACCCUAUGUAUGAGGUGCCAUUUGGAUUGUACUUUAGUGGCACGAUGUACUCUGAGUGGAGGUCACUGCAUUUGGUGAUUCAGAAUGAUCAAGGCCAUACCAGUGUGCUGCACAGCUAUCCAGAGAGCGUUGGACGAGAGGUGGCAAAUGCUGUAGUCCGUCCUCUUGGGCAGGUGUUAGGUACCCCUUCAGUGGCUGGUAGUGAGAGUUUGUUAAAAACUGACAAAGAAGUAAAAUGGACCAUGGAAGUAAUUUGCUAUGGACUGACCCUUCCAUUGGAUGGAGAGACUGUAAAAUAUUGCGUUGAUGUAUAUACAGACUGGAUUAUGGCUUUAGUGUUGCCGAAAGAUUCUAUUCCAUUGCCAGUUAUUAAAGAGCCUAAUCAAUAUGUUCAAACUAUACUAAAACACCUACAAAAUCUUUUUGUACCAAGACAGGAACAGGGUUCCAGUCAGAUUCGACUAUGCUUACAGGUCCUGAGAGCCAUUCAGAAACUGGCCCGUGAGUCAUCUCUCAUGGCCCGAGAAACCUGGGAAGUCUUACUGUUGUUUCUUCUGCAGAUUAAUGACAUACUUCUGGCCCCACCAACUGUUCAAGGUGGCAUUGCUGAGAAUCUAGCAGAGAAGUUGAUUGGUGUUCUCUUUGAGGUGUGGUUACUAGCUUGUACUCGGUGCUUCCCAACACCUCCUUAUUGGAAAACAGCCAAGGAGAUGGUGGCUAACUGGAGGCAUCACCCAGCAGUGGUGGAGCAGUGGAGCAAGGUCAUUUGUGCGCUCACUUCCAGAUUGCUACGCUUUACAUAUGGUCCUUCAUUUCCUCCAUUUAAAGUUCCCGAUGAAGAUGCCAGUCUGAUCCCUCCAGAAAUGGAUAAUGAGUGUGUUGCACAGACAUGGUUUCGCUUUUUACACAUGUUAAGUAAUCCUGUGGAUUUGAGUAACCCAGCUAUUAUAAGCUCUACUCCCAAAUUUCAGGAACAGUUCUUGAAUGUGAGCGGAAUGCCGCAAGAAUUGAAUCAGUAUCCCUGCCUUAAACAUCUGCCUCAAAUAUUUUUUCGUGCCAUGCGUGGAAUCAGCUGUCUGGUGGAUGCAUUCUUAGGUAUUUCUAGACCCCGAUCAGACAGUGCUCCCCCAACACCUGUGAAUAGAUUAAGUAUGCCUCAAAGUGCUGCUGUCAGUACCACCCCACCGCAUAACCGGAGGCACCGGGCUGUUACUGUGAAUAAGGCCACCAUGAAGACAAGCACAGUUAGUACUACUCAUGCCUCUAAAGUUCAGCACCAGACGUCCUCCACCUCUCCUCUGUCAAGUCCAAAUCAAACUAGUUCAGAACCCCGGCCACUGCCUGCCCCUCGGAGACCAAAGGUUAACAGCAUUUUGAAUCUCUUUGGAUCAUGGUUAUUUGAUGCAGCAUUUGUUCACUGUAAACUUCAUAAUGGGAUAAACAGAGACAGCAGCAUGACUGCAUCUUUUAUCCAAAUUCUUCUUUCUUAUAAAUCUUCCAUUACAACACAAGCUAGCAUGGAGUUUCGACGGAAAGGGUCACAAAUGUCCACAGACACCAUGGUUUCCAAUCCUAUGUUUGAUGCAAGUGAAUUUCCUGAUAACUAUGAAGCAGGAAGAGCUGAGGCUUGUGGGACACUGUGUAGGAUUUUUUGUAGCAAGAAGACUGGAGAAGAGAUUCUGCCAGCUUAUUUAUCCAGAUUUUACAUGCUUUUAAUUCAAGGUUUGCAGAUAAAUGAUUAUGUGUGCCAUCCUGUCUUGGCCAGCGUUAUUCUAAACUCUCCUCCUUUGUUCUGCUGUGACUUGAAAGGGAUUGAUGUUGUGGUUCCUUACUUUAUUUCAGCUCUUGAAACCAUUCUGCCUGACAGAGAACUCUCAAAAUUCAAAAGCUAUGUAAAUCCAACAGAAUUGCGAAGAUCCUCCAUUAAUAUCCUGCUUUCUUUGUUGCCCCUCCCUCAUCAUUUUGGCACAGUCAAAUCUGAGGUGGUCCUGGAAGGAAAGUUUAGUAACGAUGACAGCUCUUCUUAUGAUAAACCAAUAACUUUUCUAUCCCUGAAGUUGAGACUUGUGAAUAUAUUAAUAGGUGCCUUGCAAACUGAAACGGACCCCAACAACACCCAAAUGAUAUUAGGGGCAAUGUUAAAUAUUGUUCAAGAUUCAGCACUUUUGGAAGCUAUUGGUUGCCAGAUGGAGAUGGGUGGUGGAGAAAAUAACCUGAAGAGUCAUAGUCGCACCAAUAGUGGUAUUAGUUCAGCAAGUGGUGGAAGCACGGAGCCCACGACUCCAGAUAGUGAGAGACCUGCUCAAGCUCUCUUAAGAGAUUAUGCUCUUAAUACAGAUUCAGCUGCUGGGCUCCUGAUUCGCAGCAUUCAUCUCGUCACCCAAAGACUCAACUCCCAGUGGCGCCAAGACAUGAGCAUAUCACUGGCAGCUCUAGAGCUCCUCUCUGGCCUUGCAAAGGUAAAAGUGAUGGUUGACUCAGGAGACCGGAAGCGAGCCAUCAGUUCUGUGUGCACCUACAUUGUGUAUCAGUGUAGUCGGCCAGCUCCUUUACACUCCAGGGAUCUGCACUCCAUGAUAGUGGCAGCUUUUCAGUGUCUCUGUGUCUGGCUGACAGAGCACCCUGAUAUGCUUGACGAAAAGGACUGUCUUAAGGAAGUACUGGAGAUUGUGGAACUGGGUAUCUCAGGAAGUAAGUCCAGGAACAGCGAGCAAGAGGUCAAGUACAAAGGAGAUAAGGAGCCAAACCCUGCAUCUAUGAGGGUAAAGGAUGCUGCUGAAGCCACCCUAACAUGCAUUAUGCAGUUGCUUGGCGCAUUUCCGUCACCUAGUGGUCCUGCCUCUCCUUGUAGUCUUGUGAAUGAGACCACUUUGAUUAAAUACUCCAGGCUGCCAACCAUAAACAAGCAUAGUUUCCGGUACUUUGUCUUGGAUAACAGUGUCAUCCUGGCAAUGCUGGAACAACCUCUUGGAAAUGAGCAGAAUGAUUUUUUCCCCUCUGUCACUGUGCUGGUCCGGGGGAUGUCUGGAAGACUUGCUUGGGCACAACAGCUUUGUCUUUUACCCAGAGGAGCAAAAGCAAAUCAGAAGCUUUUUGUGCCUGAACCUCGCCCAGUUCCUAAAAAUGACGUUGGAUUUAAAUAUUCUGUGAAACAUCGGCCAUUUCCUGAAGAGGUGGACAAGAUUCCUUUUGUGAAAGCAGAUCUCAGCAUUCCAGAUUUGCAUGAAAUAGUCACUGAAGAAUUAGAAGAGAGACAUGAAAAAUUAAGGAGUGGCAUGGCCCAGCAGAUUGCUUAUGAAAUACACCUUGAGCAACAGAGUGAGGAGGAAUUGCAGAAGAGAAGUUUUCCUGACCCAGUUACGGAUUGCAAGCCCCCGCCUCCUGCCCAGGAAUUCCAAACAGCCCGCCUUUUUCUCUCACACUUUGGAUUUUUGUCCUUGGAAGCACUGAAGGAACCUGCAAAUAGUCGUCUACCUCCUCACCUUAUUGCACUUGAUUCCACGAUACCUGGAUUUUUUGAUGACAUUGGGUAUCUGGAUCUCUUGCCAUGUCGUCCUUUUGACACAGUUUUUAUUUUCUAUAUGAAGCCAGGUCAGAAAACGAACCAAGAGAUUUUAAAGAAUGUGGAGUCUUCCAAAACUGUUCAGCCACAUUUCCUAGAAUUUUUGCUUUCCCUUGGCUGGUCAGUAGAUGUGGGCAGACACCCUGGUUGGACUGGACAUGUUUCUACCAGUUGGUCUAUUAAUUGUUGUGAUGAUGGUGAAGGAUCUCAACAAGAAGAAGUGAUUUCCUCUGAAGACAUUGGAGCUAGCAUUUUCAAUGGACAGAAGAAGGUGCUGUAUUAUGCUGAUGCCCUUACAGAAAUUGCUUUUGUGGUUCCUUCUCCUGUGGAGUCCUUAACUGAUUCAUUGGAAAGUAACAUCUCGGACCAAGAUAGUGAUUCAAAUAUGGAUCUUAUGCCAGGAAUUCUGAAACAGCCAUCCCUGACACUUGAGCUUUUCCCCAAUCAUACAGACAAUCUUAAUUCCUCACAGAGGCUCAGUCCCAGUUCCAGAAUGAGGAAGCUGCCUCAGGGUCGCCCUGUUCCUCCCCUUGGACCUGAGACAAGAGUUUCUGUAGUCUGGGUGGAACGCUAUGAUGAUAUAGAAAACUUUCCCCUCUCAGAGCUGAUGACAGAGAUCAGUACUGGUGUGGAAACUACUGCAAAUAGUAGCACUUCACUGAGAUCUACGACUCUUGAAAAAGAAGUUCCUGUCAUCUUCAUCCACCCUUUAAACACUGGAUUAUUCCGGAUAAAAAUUCAAGGAGCCAUUGGAAAAUUUAACAUGGUCAUCCCUCUUGUGGAUGGGAUGAUUGUCAGCAGGCGAGCUCUUGGCUUUCUGGUGAGGCAGACUGUAAUUAACAUUUGUAGAAGAAAGAGACUGGAAAGUGACUCCUACAGUCCCCCCCAUGUCCGCCGGAAACAGAAAAUCACCGACAUUGUCAACAAGUACCGGAACAAGCAGUUGGAGCCAGAGUUUUAUACUUCACUUUUCCAGGAGGUUGGACUCAAGAACUGCAGUUCUUAGACCACUGAAUUUCUAAGACUGUUGAACUCCAGUUUGGGAACUAUAACACAGCAGAACAGUUUGAUAGGUGAUCACUGUAAAAAUAAAAACAAAUCACUCCCAAGAGCUUACUGUUUAAUCACCAGAAUAGAAGAAACACAUUAUAACCCAUUUGAUAGAAGACUUUGGGCUAUCUAGUGAAAUGGGCUCCCAGACACAAUCAUACUCCUGCUGAUAAUGAUGAUAUACAUUUUAGCCAUAAACUUUCUUUUAAAAGUGACAAUUUUAGUUAAACAUAAGCCUUUUGAGGAGAAAGGCUUUUAUGCAUCUCAGUUAAACACGUGCAUUGGUAGUAUCAACAAAUUUGCAAUAUAGAAGUUGAAGAUAGUUUUAUACCUCACUUUUUAGGAGGUUGUAUUCAAAAUUAAAAUCUCAGAAUCUUACAGGACAUUUAAAGACUCAUGUUGAUAGCAUGGAGGAGAAGGAAAGAAGUCACAGCCUUCUACUCACUUGUAGGUCUUCUUGUCAUCCAGCUGUCACACUGACAAAAAGAAAAGAUGAUACAUGUUUUUUGCUCAGAUAAGAAGCCUGACUUUAAAAGAUGUCAUAUUUUUUUCUCCACAUUUCAAAAAGUUGUCCUUCUCAUCACUGCACAGAUCUGUCUGAAAGCCUCAGUUUCUGAGCAACCCAGGAACAGAUCAGAAAUGGAGCAUGGCCUUGUCCUUUAAUGGGGAUGCAAAUAAAGUUUGUGGGGUUAAAAGUUGUAAGACAGCAGUGAUACCCCCACUCUCUCCAUUAUUGUCCAGCGGGGUGACAUAAUGACAGGUUAAACAUUUGUGAUUCAUUGAUUAAAUAUCAUUUAAAGAAAUGUAAAUUCA